AUGAUUGCUUUUUAGUUGUCUUAAUUUAAAUUGAGAUAUUUUUCUUAAUUUACUUAAUUUUUAAGAUUUGGUUAAGAUUAAUCAACAACAUUAUUUUAAUUAUUUUAAUUGAUUCUAAUUUAGCUUGAUUAUUUUUUAUCUUAGUUAAGUAGAAUAUUUGAAUUUAAUUAAUUAAUUUCUUAGUAUUAAUCCUGUUCAUCUCCUUCAUAACACUCUUCCUCAUCAGAACCUUCUUAAUUAGGACAAGUUUUAGAUUUUCUUCCCGGCUUAUUUACAGGAAGUGGAUUAUUAGGAUACACAUAAUCCCACAUUUAUCUAAAAGUCUCAAGUGCAGGAUUUUCAUAAUUAGCUAUCAUUAAUAAAGAAAUUAUUUUUUUCCAUGUUUAAGCCUCCCAAGCAGCUUGGAUUUUACCUUUUUUUCUAGUUUUUUCUUUCAGUUCAGUAGGCCUUUCCAACCUUUCUUCAUCAAGUAAAGAUAUAAGGGUGUUUACGUAGCGCUAAAGCAUGUUAUUCUUUAUCAUUUCUUUCCUGUACUCUUAUAUUACUAAAGAACAAAGUUAACCCUUUUCUACUCCUUCAAAUCUAGAUCUAAUAGCUUGGUAAGUAGUAAUACUUUUAUAGUUAGGAUUUGACUAAGAAACUACAUAUUUAUGUAGAAUAGGGUCAACAUAUAGUCUAUAUAUCGUAUUGAUUAGGGUAUCUUACAGUCUUUUAACGAUUCUUAUUUGUUAGGCUUUUUGA